AUGGAAAGAAAAAAAAUGUCUCAGGUAGGGAAGGACGUAAUGCUUAAAGCGGCAAUUUCAGCAAUUCUUGUCUACGCCAUGAUGUGUUUCCAUAUUCCCUUAGCUCUCUACAAAAAGAUCAACAGUCUAAUGUCUCGGUUCUGGUGGGGGAAAACGAAGGAAAAAAGGAAAAUAUCCUGGAUCUCUUGGACUUGCAUGUGUAAAAGUAAGGGAGAUGGUGGUCUAGGAUUUAGAGACUUCACUUCUUUGAAUCAAUCUCUCCUAGCCAAGAAAGCUUGGAUAAUUGCUGGUAACCUUACUUUUUUGUUAUUCAGACUGCUGAAAGGUAGGUACUUUAACUCCACCCACAUUCUCAAGGCCAAGAGGGGUCUGAACCUGUCGCGGGGGUGGUAA